AUCACUUAAAACUAGCAAUUAAAUGAUAAUUAUUUAGUUUUAGAAUAUUUCUAAAAAAUAAAAUGUUUACCCGCAUUUUCCAAAAUGUUGCGCAUCAAAACGCUACUUUGCCUAUGUCUUCUCGCAUUGAAUGUUCGCAGUGAGUUGCGUUUUGCAAAUGUCAGGUGUAAAGAAUUUCAUCCAGAAUUUGCCUCGUUUGAAAUAUGUCGCAUCAAAAUGAUUCGGAGGGGAGUAUCAGCUCUAAAUAUUCACGUAAAAUUACAUCAAAUUCCGGUGACCAAUGUUUCGGUAAAUUUAUCGUUGUACAAAAAAGCCAACGCUUUUCAGCCGUUUCUCUACAAUAACACGGGGGAUUUUUGUGCAUUUCAAAGGAAUCGCAAGCGCAUGCCGUUCUUGAAUAUAUUUUUUAAUGCCUUUAUGAGCACCUCCAACAUCAAUCACACAUGCCCCUUUGAUCAUGAUAUCAUAGUAGAGAAUUUGGUACUGAAAGAAGAGAUGUUUCGUAUGUUGCCAAUACCAAAUGGUGAAUAUAUGUUUAAUUUGAAAGUUGGUGCGUAUAACGACUGGAAGGCAGAUGUUAAAGUCUACAUUGUCACUAGGACCAAAUUUGGAGAAUAACACUGAUGACCUUCAGUUUACGAAGUCAGUCAGACAAAAAGAUAAUAAAAACAUCUAUUGCAACUUCUGGACG